UCUUCUAGCCACAGUUUACGGAUUGCCUUCUGACCGACAGAUCGAAUAAGCCAAUCGAGCGCAGUGCACUCAAUCAACUGUACAGCUGAGACUCAGGCAGAGUCGUGUGCCCAAAUCAAGGAUAAUCAAUACCAAGUGUCAAGUGUUGUUGUGGUGUGUUGCGUCAGAUCCCACGCUGCCCCCCCGCUCACGCAAAGAGAAUUAAACAAAAACAAAUUCAAUUAUGCUGAAAUCAGUGUGCCUGUUCGCGCUGCUUGCCUCAGCGGCAGCAGCAGCCUCUGAGGCUGACAGCCUGUUGACGAGUGCCCUUCGCAUGGUCAAGGACUGCGGCGAGCGCUCCAUGGUGCUGUGCAUGAAGGAACGCGCCUUGCACUACUUUGACUCGGAGAACGGAGAUGUGAAGCUGACGGAGGGCAUUUCCCUGGUCAAGACCGAUGAUAUACCCGUGGGACGUUCCCUGAACGAUGUGGCCCUGCCCGAGGAGGCGGAGGCACGCGAGAGUGAGGUCGACUCGCUGCUGGUGGAGCGUGUCGCACGCUUCUUCGGCACACACACGCUGCAGUUCAAGGUGCCCAAGGACUCCAUACAGGAUAUGCAGCGCGCUCUCGAAGAAUCACGCGGCAAGAAGAAGGAGAAGAAGAAGUAUCUGAUGCCGCUGCUGAUGCUCUUCAAGCUGAAGAUGGCCGCGCUGCUGCCCCUGGCCAUUGGCUUCCUGGCGCUCAUCUCGUUCAAGGCCCUGGUCAUUGGCAAGAUUGCGCUGCUGCUCUCUGGCAUCAUCGGUCUGAAGAAGCUGCUCGAGUCGAAGAAGGAGAACUACGAGGUGGUUGCGCACCCGCACUACGAGCACGAGCACAGCUACGGCCGGUCGCUGCACAACAAUGCUGAGGCACAGAACCUGGCCUACGCGGCGUAUCAGCAAUAGAUGCUGAGGUCACAGCAUCAGAGCAACAACAAUUAGUGCAAUACACACAAAGGAAGAUGAUGAAGAGGAAAACUCAUGAAAGUGAAGGAAAUGCAAAGGAAAUGAGCACAGAGCUCUCGCAGCUCGUUUAAUUUAUUUUAUUUAUUUAAUUUAUUUCUAGCUUAACUCAAGCGAAAGGCGCCAUCAGCAGCAGCAACAACACAAAACAAACAAAAAGAAAACAAAAGAAAACAAAGAAAAAACACUGUCAAACAAGAGAAAUGAAACCCUAGUUAAUAAGCUCUAACAAACAUGAAGUCGGCUGUAAUUGCAGUCGGCUAAAUGAAAGCGGGGGCGGCACUUGCUCAAACUUAAACUUAACUAAACUGUUAACUGUAAACUAUAAAUUAUAACUUUAAACUGUAAACUGUAAACUGUAAACUCUAAACUGUUAACUCUUAACUGUUAACUGUACUCGUGUACUUGUAUUAUGUGUAAUUAUUUGCUCAUAGCUUUACUAUUUUUUACAACUAUUAACUAUAUACAGUUUCUGAUUGUUUUACGACAAGCCACACACAAACUACUCUGUCCAGUCAACGUUUCGCCACGCCCCCACGCCCGCACCCAAUUGCCCCAACUCACACGCACACGCACACGCACACACAGACACAGACACUCAAAUGAAACUCAAUAAA